AUGUCGUUUACUAAGUUCACUAAUUGCCAUUUAUGCGACCAGGGCACUAUCUUAAAUGACGGUGAGCUAUAUGUGGAUAACUCCACCGGUAGAAUUGUUAAUAAGCCAGAGAAAGGUGCUAAAGUUGAAGUUGUUGAUUUAGAAGGUAAUAUAUUAGCCCCAGGGUUUAUUGAUAUCCAAAACAACGGAAUAUUUGGGUUGAAUUUUUCGUCUUUAAAUGCGGAGUCAAGUGAGGAAGAUGUUGCAGGGUUUAUAAAUCACUAUCGUGAUGCGAUGGCUAAAUAUUUAGGUACGGGAGUGACAGCUAUUUGUCCUACGGUGACAUCAAACUUCCCAGAAGUGUAUGAGAAGGUUUUGCCAGUGUACAAGGCCAGCCGUUCUGGAGCUCAGACAGAUUCUCUUGGAGCGCAUUGCGAAGGUCCAUUUAUAAAUAUAAAGAAGAAAGGGUGCCAUCCUGUUGAGACAUUUACAGACGCCAAAGGAGGCUGCAAAGAUAUCUGUAGGGUGUACGGGGGGAAUAACCUUUGCGAAUACGUGACUAUUGUAACUGUAGCACCCGAGAUCGAAGGAAUCUUGGAUGUAAUUACUGAUUUAAAACAAAAAAAUAUUACUGUUUCCAUUGGACAUUCUGCUGCAGAUUACGAAACGGGGUUACAGGCUAUUGAAAACGGUGCUACGAUGAUAACUCAUUUGUAUAAUGCCAUGCCGCAACCUCAUCACCGGGAUGUCGGGGUUGUGGGAUUAAUAUCAUCGCCAAUUGCAAAAACCACACCAUACUUUGGUUUAAUAACCGAUGGAGUACACGUAGACCCUGCAAUGGCCACUAUAGCAUACCGAUCGAAUCCAGAUAAGUGCAUAGUGGUUACUGAUGCAAUGCAUUUGAUUGGAUUGCCAGACGGAACUUACAAGUGGGACAAUCAACAAAUAACCAAAUCAGGCCCCAAGUUAUAUUUGAAGGGAACUAAGACUUUGGCUGGUGCUGCAACUUCAUUGCCCCAAUGCAUGAGAAAUUUAAGAGCUUGGACCAAUAUUUCGCUUGCUGAGGCAAUUAAAACCGUCACUAACAACCCAGCAAAGUCAAUUGGAGUACAACAGAAGAAAGGAUUCUUAAAUGUAGGUUGUGAUGCGGAUUUGGUAGUUUUAGACAAAAACGGGUUUGUUAAAAACGUUUAUAAAUUGGGAAAGCCAAUUAAAUCUUCAGAUGAAAACCAACCUCCAAAGUUGAUGGCUGCUUUAUAA